GGGCGGCCCAGCAGUAUGGCCUCCGAGAGGCGGGAGACAAUGAUGACUGGACCCUCUACUGGACGGACUUCUCAGUGUCGCUGGAGCGGGUGAUGGAAAUGAAGAGUUACCAGAAAAUCAAUCAUUUUCCUGGGAUGAGUGAGAUCUGCCGAAAGGACUUGCUGGCGCGGAAUAUGAGCCGCAUGCUAAAGCUGUUUCCUAAGGACUUCCAUUUCUUCCCCAGGACGUGGUGUCUUCCUGCUGACUGGGGAGAUUUGCAGACUUACAGCAGGUCAAGAAAAAAUAAGACGUACAUUUGUAAGCCGGACUCAGGCUGCCAAGGGAAAGGCAUAUUCAUCACCCGGACCGUGAAAGAAAUCAAGCCGGGGGAGGAUAUGAUCUGUCAGCUUUAUAUUUCAAAGCCCUUCAUCAUCGACGGGUUCAAGUUUGACCUGCGGGUUUACGUGCUGGUGACCUCCUGUGACCCUCUCCGGGUCUUUGUGUACAAUGAGGGACUGACUCGCUUUGCCACUACCUCUUACUCCAACCCCUGCGCAGACAACCUGGAUGAGAUCUGCAUGCACCUAACUAAUUAUUCCAUCAAUAAGCACAGUUCCAACUUCAUUCAAGAUGCUCAUUCUGGCAGCAAGAGGAAACUCUCCACCUUCAACUCGUACAUGAAGCUGCAUGGCUAUGAUGUGGAGCAGAUUUGGAGGGCCAUUGAGGACGUCAUCAUCAAGACACUCAUCUCGGCUCACCCCGUUAUCAAACACAACUACCACACCUGCUUCCCCAGCCACACGCUCAUCAGCGCCUGCUUUGAAAUUCUCGGUUUUGACAUCCUGUUGGACCGCAAACUCAAACCCUGGCUGCUGGAGGUCAACCAUUCUCCAAGCUUCUCCACUGACUCCAAGUUGGAUAAAGAGGUGAAAGACAGUCUGCUCUAUGACGCCUUGGUCCUCAUCAACCUGGGGAGCUGUGACAAAAAGAAAGUCCUGGAGGAGGAGAGACAGCGGGGACGGUUCCUACAGCAGUGUCCUUCUCGGGAGAUGAGGAUGGAAGAGGUCAAGGGUUUCCAGGCAGCACGGUUACAGAAAACAGAGGAAUACGAGAAGAAACACUGUGGCGGGUUCCGGCUCAUCUACCCUGGUCUGAAUUUGGAGAAGUAUGAGAAGUUUUUCCAGGACAAUAGCUCCCUCUUCCAGAAUACUAUUGCUUCCAGAGCCCGAGAGCUGUAUGCCCGGCAACUGAUCCAGGAGCUGAGGCAAAAACAGGGAAAAAAACCGUUCCUAAAGAAAGAGAAGAAGGCAGAGAUGCAGGGGGAGUCUCCGGGUGAGCAGGCAAGAGACAAGACUGUGAGAACCUGGCAACAGACACAGCAACCGAAGUGCAGGACAGCCGCCAACCCCCCAAAACAAUGCUAUCACCCAGUGACUUUAGUCUCCUGCACGCCUGGCUUGUUCUUGAACAUCAGAGGCAUCAGGAAAAAUGAAACUGCCGGUAGCCUCCCUCAGAAGGGCUCCAAGAAGGAGGCCAGCCUCGCCCCCUGCAAGCCCACGUCUGCAAGGCACUACAGUUCUGUCCCUGACCUGAGGAGUUCAAAUCCCAACUGCCUGGGGACGGAGUUCCGCAAGUCCAAUUCCAAAGUCAAGGAAGUGAAGUCAGCCUUUGCGAUGAACAUAAUCAGCAGCACCCUGCCCUUAACAUCUGUAGAAACUUCCCCAGAACCCACAUCCCGGCUCUCGACCUCUCUCGAAUCCUUGGCAAGCCUGAGCCUAACCAGCAGCCCUGAGUGCAGCAGCCCCGAGAGUGUCCGUAUGCUCUGUAAGUGCAAGCAGCAGAAGCAGCAGCAGCAGCAGCAGCAGCAGCAGCAGCAGAUAUUCCACACGCUGACCCAGGAGAUAAGAUCCAGACCUCCCACGUCUUCCAAACCCAAGAGUUUGGACCAGAGGUGGACCUUGCUAAAGAAUGAAGUGAGGAGGCAGCAUCUGAUGUCAGAGAUAAUGCAGAAGGUUCAGAUGAAGAAGAAACGCUACCUGUUUCCAGCUCCCAACGGACAAACUGAUGAUGUCAAUGACCUUGCCUUUCCAGAAAACCCGUCCUUGUCCAAGAAGUGCUGCCAUUACAACCACAGCUUCGGCAGGAAGAGAGAGAUGGAUGUAUCCUCCGUCCUCCUCUUGCAGGGUUCUCACAGCCAUGCUGAACCUCUGAAUGACCUUCUGGUAGUUGCCACUCAGGCCCGUCUGGACCCUCGGCCUAGCAGAAACCAUUCCAGUACUACAAGGGACCCAGGUACUACCAGGGACCAGAAGCACACUGCCAUUGCCUGA